AUGUCAUCAAUAAGAACCAUUGAAAACAUAGUAAACGUAUACGAGUCAGAGGUACAUCAACUCGAUCUACCCGACUUGUUUGGGCUUAACAAGUUCUCCCCAUCAAGUGCCACGUCACGCCAACGCAUAUCCCAAUCACCCUACAUUGCUCAGUAUAAAUUACAGCUACUACAGUCUUCGUUAUUGAAGCAGUUAUCGUCAUUGGAUCGAUUCAAGAAUAAUAAGCUGUACCUGCUGCUCAAACUGCGGAUAGAUAAGUUAUUGGUUGAUGUGAUUGAUGAAAAAUUAUACAUUGUUGAUCAAUUAAUUGAUUGGUAUAAUGUUGAAAAUACACCACAAAGUGCCGCCGCCACUAGUGAAGAUGCCAGCGCCGAAUCACUAACUAAACAAGAUGUCACAUCUACUGACAAUGAUGAUGAGAACUUGACCGAGUUACGUAAUCGACUUUUGUCAGGCUCCAAAUCCAAACUCGAUCUCGAAUCAACGUCAUCAUCCAACGACGUCGAUAAACUCAACACCUACCAUGAAUCAAUCCAAGAUGACAUUCUCAAUGAGCUAUCACAACUUACAUCAACAUUAAAGACCAGUGCCAUGUCACUAAGUUCCAAGAUUUUGGGUGAUGAUUUAUCGAUUCUUAAUGAAACUAAUGAAAAUAUAAUACGAAACUCAAACUUGUUUAAAGUAAUUGAUCGCAACUUGAACAAUUAUUUGGAAAACAAGACGGGUGGAAGAAUAAGUUUGUGGUUCUUGCUCAAAUGUGUUGUUGGUGUCAUUGGCGUAUUCUUGUUGAUGCUUGUUUUUGUUGUAAUCGUUCCCAGAAUAAGGUAG